CCGGCUCCCUGCAAAGCGGCCUUAUUUAUCUGGGCACGGCCUCAGCCUCCCCGGUGGGAGGCUCGGGGCAGCCGGUCCUCUCCCACCGGGGAGCUCCUCUCCGGGCGCGGCCGAGGGGGCCGGCCAGGCCGGGGCGCGGGGCGCGGCUGGGCCCUGCCGGCCAGGCCAGCACCUCGGCCGCCUCCCCGCUUCGCCAGCGCCCAUGCCGGGCUCCCCAUGACGAGAAGACGCCCGGUGGACAGCGUGGCAUGAGCCAGGUGCCCGGGUCGAGAUCGAGCGAGGAAGAUGUCGAGCCCGGGUGUGGACGGCGACCCCAAGCCUCCAUGCUUGCCUCGAAAUGGCCUGGUAAAGCUGCCGGGCCAGCCCAAUGGCCUGGGUGCGGCCAGUAUCACCAAGGGCACACCAGCUGCCAAGAACCGCCCCUGCCAGCCGCCACCCCCACCCAACCUCCCCCCACCCAGCCUGGCUGCCCCGCUGCCACGGGCUGCCCUGGCUGGGGGCCUGUGCCCCCCAGCGGGGCUUCCCCUUGGUGGACCAGCCUCAGCCCCAGUUCCUGGGCCCCCAGUGGAGAGGCCGCCACUGGCCACAGAUGAAAAGAUCCUCAAUGGCCUCUUCUGGUACUUCUCAGCCUGUGAGAAGUGCGUGCUGGCCCAGGUGUGCAAGGCCUGGCGGCGUGUGCUCUACCAGCCCAAAUUCUGGGCGGGCCUCACACCUGUGCUGCACGCCAAGGAGCUCUACAAUGUGCUGCCCGGCGGCGAGAAGGAGUUUGUGAACCUGCAGGGCUUCGCUGCGCGUGGCUUCGAGGGCUUCUGCCUGGUUGGCGUCUCUGACCUAGACAUCUGUGAGUUCAUCGACAACUACGCACUCUCUAAGAAGGGUGUCAAGGCCAUGAGCCUCAAGCGCUCCACCAUCACCGACGCCGGCCUGGAGGUGAUGCUGGAGCAGAUGCAAGGGGUCGUGCGCCUCGAGCUGUCGGGCUGCAACGACUUCACCGAGGCGGGGCUGUGGUCCAGCCUGAGCGCCCGGAUCACCUCGCUGAGCGUGAGCGACUGCAUCAACGUGGCCGACGACGCCAUUGCGGCCAUCUCGCAGCUGCUGCCCAACCUGGCGGAGCUGAGCUUGCAGGCCUACCACGUGACGGACACGGCGCUGGCCUACUUCACAGCACGCCAGGGCCACAGCACGCACACGCUGCGCCUGCUCUCCUGCUGGGAGAUCACCAACCACGGCGUGGUCAACGUGGUGCACAGCCUGCCCAACCUCACCGCGCUCAGCCUCUCCGGCUGCUCCAAGGUCACCGACGACGGCGUCGAGCUCGUAGCCGAAAACCUGCGCAAGCUGCGCAGCCUUGACCUUUCGUGGUGCCCGCGCAUCACCGACAUGGCGCUCGAGUACGUGGCCUGCGACCUGCACCGCCUGGAGGAGCUGGUGCUGGACAGGUGUGUCCGCAUCACGGAUACUGGCCUCAGCUACUUGUCCACCAUGUCGUCCCUCCGCAGCCUCUACCUGCGAUGGUGCUGCCAGGUGCAGGACUUCGGGCUGAAGCACCUCCUGGCCAUGAGGAGUCUGCGUCUCUUGUCUCUGGCAGGCUGCCCGCUGCUGACCACCACGGGGCUGUCGGGCCUGGUGCAGCUGCAGGAGCUGGAGGAGCUGGAGCUGACCAACUGCCCCGGGGCCACCCCCGAGCUCUUCAAGUACUUCUCGCAGCACCUGCCCCGCUGCCUCGUCAUCGAGUAGCGCGGCCCCCCCCCCCCGCCCCCGGCGCAGGAAGCCGCCACGCGCGGGGCGGGGACGCCUUUUCCCGGCCCUGCCCUCAGGGGAGCCCUCGCGCCCGCCGCCCAGCGCGGGAGGCAGGGCGAACCCAGUGACGCCGGCCCCGCGCCCCUCCCGGCCCCGCCCGGGCAGGGGGGGCGGUGGGCGGGCCCAGCCCCACGCACGCACGCACACUCGGGGACUCCGUGCAUGCCCCUCGUGCCCGCACUGCACGCCCGCCCUCCACCGCACCACAGCCGCCUCCAUCAUUCGUCCACCCGCUGGGGGGGGGGGGGCGGGGUUCUGUCCUAGGGGGCGCUUCGAGCUCUCCUGACGGCCGCCCUCACCGCCUUCCCCGCCACACCCCGCUCUGUCUCCCCGCUGUCCCCCCAUCUCGGGCAGGGCCCAGAGGGAUUGAGGGGAGCUGGGUCCCCCAGGUCACAGGGGCCAGAAGAGACCCAAGGGCUUCCCGCAUCUUCCACUGCACCGUGCCUGAAGCCCUCGGAGGGUGCGAGGGGAAACAGGCCACCGCCAAAGCCAUGGCCCGCCAAGGAGCCCACGACCCUCCCGCCCUUGCCCCACCUCACGCCAGCCUGACCCGAGACCCCCCCUCUUCCUGGCCACUGUAUGAGACAGUCCCCUGCUCGCCCCACCCCGCCACUGGCAGGCCUAUGGGUCCCGGGGUCGUCUGGCCAGACCGGGGCAGCAUUGUGUUGAGGGAGGGAAAGCCCUGCUAACAAUGACAUUGGUAUAACCCACAUUAACCGAGCCGGGUGUAGCUUACCUCAUGCCCAGCAGGCCACCGCCAUCUUGAGAAACCACAAGCUGGAGCGACCCUCAGGCCCCUCAGGCCUUGCAGACAACCCUGGUUGAGCCCCACACCAGUCUCUGUAGCUAGCUGGGCCCAGCCCCGUGGGCGCCACGCUUUAUCCUGGGCACGUCUCUGUCAGGUGGAAGCUGGAAACGCGAGCCCCAGCCAAGGCUCAGGAUCAGCGCCAGCCGGCAACCGCAGCCCCACAGUGGCCAACACACCCUCAGCACCCACAGGAGAGAGGGCUCCUUUCUAGCUGCACCCCCCCCCCAGCUCCCCAAACCUCUGCCUGCCCAGAUGGGCUCUCGCCAUGUUCUGUCCAACCCAAGACAUACGCAAGUCCUGGGGAUGCUGGCACAUCUUGGCAAUUGCUGAGGAGGGGGCUGGGGCCCCUUUCCAUCCCAACCUUGAGCCCCAGGAAAUACAGUGCCCACACCCAAUCUUGGGACACCCCCCGUCUGGUUGGAAGAAAGUAACCAGUUUCCAGAGAGCCAGAGAGUGAGCGAGAGAGCGAGAGAGAGAGCGAGAGCGAGCGAGCGAGCGAGCGAGAGAUGCUGUUGAAGCGGAGAAACAGUUCAACGGCCCAAAGAUUUCCCUGUCCCGGAGUGCCCGAGGGAGGCUCCGGGGCUGAGAUGGUCAGGAGCCAGUUUCUUCAGCCCCUCCCCCCACAGCCCCCCAGUGGGGAGGAGGCAGCUGUCCAUUUGUCCAAAGUAUUGAUGCAACUGAAGCUGUGAUAUUUCCAACGACUGUAGGAGGAAGAUUUAAGGGGAGAGAGGAAAACAAAACAAAACCAACCACCCCCUAAAAUCAUUUUCUUAUUGUACAUAACGACCUCAUUCUCCUGUAUAUGCGGAAGAUAUAACCUUAUAUUUGGUAAGUGUUUCUUGUGCUAUUUUAUCACGUGACCUGUUUAUAAAAAUAUAUAUUAAAAAAGUUGUAAAAACA